AGGACCUUAUCAGUUCUGUACAAAACCAGACAACACAGCGAUGUUGCAAUUGCCCCAAAAUGGCGUUUCUCUUUGCUCUGUACAUUGGCAGUAUUAAAUUUGACUUGGAAUAUUGAUGAGCUGUGAAGAUAAACUGUUCAUUACAUCCUCUAGUACCUACAGAGUCUGCGAAGCAAUAUAAGCUUUGUCCAAUCUAUGACCAUGGCUCUAUUCCCGGUGUCUUUCAAGAGGAAAACUCGGAAAUACGCAAUGUGCCUUACCUACAGUGCAGUGGUGUUAACAAUUGUUCUAGUUGUAUUGAAAUUAUGUAAAGCAAUUUUCACAACAAGCAAUAACAGUGUUGAUAUGAUCCUAAAUAGAAAGGUUGAACACUCUAAUUCUGCGUCACUACUUAGCUGUUCAAAAAACGGAUCUUCUUUAUUCCUUUUCAUAUCUGUACCUAGUGCCAUUAAUAAUUUCAGGGAAAGGAUAGCCAUUCGAAAAGCAUGGGGAAGUGUGGCUAAAUUAGACCCCUCUCUUAAACUGGUAUUUUUCGUUGGAGCAUCAGACAACCUAAAAAUUAAUCAGAUAGUUUCCAAAGAAAAUGAAAUUUAUAAUGACGUAGUAAGACUGAAUGUCAAAGAGACGUACGAAAAUUUAGCAAAGAAGUCUAUAAGUAUUCUUCAAUGGAUCCAUGUUAAUUGUUAUCGAGCUAAGUAUUACUUAAAAGUGGACGAUGAUAUAUUCUUAAAUAUUAGGAAUCUGAUUGAUGAUCUCAAACGUAUGGAACCUAGUAAUUCCAUUAUGGGAUGUAAAGUGACCAACACGUCGCCAUUUAGAUUUCCAUUAUCAAAAUGGUAUAUCUCACGGAAACAGUAUAGCGCCGAUACAUUUCCUGAUUACAUCAGUGGACCAGCUUACGUCAUAACCGGUGAUAUUAUUUCUAAACUUUAUCUUGCUACAAAUGUCGUGGAACGUAUAUUCUUGGAGGAUGUGUAUGUGAAUGGAAUAUGCAGACAAUACAUAAGUGCAGAGGCAUUCGCACACCCAGGCUUUAGUUGUGGAUAUAGAGACCAAGGACCUUGUGGGGCACACUUUAGAUACAAAAUCACGGGGCAUCAUUACUACCCUGAAGAAAUCGAGAGAAUGUGGGAUGAGUUAAAUGAUAGAUGGUACACGUGCCCACUGAAGCAUUCAUUUUUGGUUUCAAAAAUUGUGGACACAUUAAACUUUUUCAUUUGAUAACCUCCGAUUUUCAAUGGAGACAACCAUGCAGUUCCUUAUUUCGAUAUUUAUUCUAAUACAAACCGAACUUAGAUGUUAUUUAGUUUCGUUGGUUUCCUCAGGGUAAGGAGUGUCUCUGUAAAAAAAAAAAGACAGAGUCGGACGUAUUCAUAAAUCGUAGAUUUGAAUACAUUAUUUUUUUUAAUUUGUAUUUUGAUAGCUAUUGCCUUAUUUUUAAAUAUACUUCUAUUAUCAGCUCUUUAAGACAUGUUACUAGUACCUGUAAAUGUAAUGCAUCAUAACAUUUUCUUUGAGGGCAUAGUGUAUAUAUAUUACCACAAAACCAAAUUGAUACACCAUGUUUAACUUUGGGUACAAAUCGAUACAGUACAUCAAUUACUCCGACGUCUUCUUUGGUCGAUUCUUAAGGUAUUUCCAUCCUCGCAAUUUUAUUGGUUCAAAGUAGAAAAACUGCAUUUAUUUUCACUAAAUGUAGUUUAAAUUAAUAAAUAAUCACAAAAAAUAUAUAGGUUGCACUAUUUUUUAAGAUGUAAAACAUAAAUAAACAGAAGCAUAUGUUAGCAUUAAAAAAUCGUACAUUUUUAGUAAACAGUAUUAUAAAAAUAAUGUAAAAACUGGUUCAAAUACAUAAGUGUGAUGCUGAAAGUUCCAAAAUAAUUGAUUCUUUACAAUUAUGUUUGAAUUGUGAAUAUCAGGGAAAACAUUUUACAUCAGAAGUACAAUAAGGAAAAUGCCUGAAUAUGGAUACAUGAGAAGGAGUUAUUGUGCUUAGCAACAUUUUUUAAAGAUUGAAUAAUUGAUUAAAUAAAGAAAAUAUUCAUUUUUUUGAUUCUUUUACUAAACAAUAUUUGUCAUUACACGCAUUGAAAUGCAUUUUUCUAAAAGAUAUGUUUCUUGUGUUAUGAAUUUUAAUAAAUAACAGUUUUUACAAAAACCUAUAACAUCACAGGAGGGUGGAAAUACCUUAAGGACGUCAUACAAAACUUUUGAUAAUGGAGACAUUUUCAAGAUCGAAUCUGUUUCAAUUGUUUUGGGAUGCCCUUUCCCUUUCACCAUUUUUGAGGACAUUUUAACACAAAUAUUUCAUAAAUUGAUUGCUGCUACAUUAUAAUGACAGCUAUUCAUUGAUGAAAUAUAGUCUAAAAUCUUAUUCGAAAUGGAACAUCUGAUCAUGACUAACACUAUACAGAAGUGUGAAUUAAAUCUAAUUUAUCGAAAUUGAUGGUAAAAUAUUAGCAAUUGUGCAAAAUAGGACGUUCUCUCUCUCUCUCUCUCUCUCUCUCUCUCUCUCUCUAGGGGUGUGUUGUAUUAAUGAAGAAAAUGAUUUCCCUUACAACAUAUACGACAAUUACAGCGUCUCGAGGUGAACAUGCAAUUGUAUUCAUUAUAUUGAAUAAA